UCCCACCGGAAGGACUUGAGAGUGACGCUAACGGUCAGUCAGUUUAGAGGAUUUAAACGCUUCUCUGCGCCUCUACAGUCAUCUUUCUGACCUGACCGGAUUCUGGACGAUGACUAAAAAUAGACUUUUAUAAACGACAAGUUUUAGAUUCUGAAACAUGUUAGCAGCUAAGGCUAGUUAGCCACCUAGCAGGCUAACAGCGUUAGCCACCUAGCAGGCUAAUAGCCGUUAGCUCUCGGUUGCCUGACAACGGAGCGAAGCCAAACAAACCGCUAGCAGGCUAGCACAUGCUAGUCGGCUAAAGGAGCCAAGAUCCGAUUCGUUCUGUCUUUUUAUUAGUUUAACCUUUAACUGUAAAAGUCUGAACGAUGGCGGACGACGGGAGACGCGGAGACGAAGAGGACCGAGGACCGGGAGCUGCUCACCAGGUGUUCGUGGUGAUGGAGUGUCUGCUGGAGAAGCUAAAGGUGCUCAACUACGAGGAAGAAGUCCUGGCUAAACACAACAUGAAGAACCUGUCCAGACAUUACUUCGUCUCCAGCCCUUACUUGGCGUCCAACCCCGGUGAGCAGUUCUACAUGUUCACCAUCAUGGCGGCGUGGCUCAUCAACGUGGCGGGGAGGCCGUUCACCGAGCCUCAGGAGUACGACGAGCCCAACGCCACCGUGUCCAACAUCCUGGCAGAACUCAGAGCCUUUGGCGUUAAGGUGGACUUUCCGCCCUCCAAACUGAAAACUGGAUCCGGCGAAUACGUCUGCUUCGUGUUGGACCGACUGGCUGAAGAAGCUCUGAAGAGGAGAGGUUUCACCUUCAGGAGACCAAACUAUCCAUCAGAAAACACAGAAGAAGAGUCGGUGAUAGAAGACGAUGCAGAGCUCACCCUCAGCAAGGUGGAGGAGGAGAUGAUCGAGGAACCUGAUGAUGAAGAGGAAAACGUGAUGGACCUGGAGGCUCUGAAGUUACGAACAACUCACAUUGAAGCAGAACCGUCGUCCAAACCGGACGAGAUUCUGGAGUCGACAGUCGAUGCAGCUGAGUGGAACCUGGAGGUGGAACGAGUUCUACCUCAGCUCAAAGUCACCAUCAGGACCGACAACAAGGACUGGAGGAUCCACGUGGACCAGAUGCAUCAACACCGAGACGGGAUCAAGUCGUCGCUCAAAGAGGCCAAGAGCUACUUGGACAAGCUUCAGGAGGACAUCGGAAAGACUCUGGAGAAGGUGAGCAGCAGAGAGAAAUACAUCAACAACCAGCUGGAGCAUCUGAUCCAGGAGUAUCGCAGCGCUCAGGCCAAGCUCAGCGAGGCCAAGGAGCGCUACCAGCAGGCCAGCGGAGGAGUAACUGAAAGAACCAGAGUCCUGGCCGAGAUCAGUGAGGAGCUGGAGAAGGUGAAGCAGGAGAUGGAGGAGAAAGGAAGCAGCAUGUCGGACGGAGCUCCGGUGGUGAAAAUCAAGCAAAGUCUGACGAAGCUGAAGCAGGAAGUGGUCCAGAUGGACGUGAGGAUCGGCGUCGUCGAACACACGCUGCUUCAGGCCAAACUCAAGGAAAAGUCCAACAUGACGCGGGACAUGCACGCCACCAACAUCCCAGAACCAGCUGCCGGAACAUUCACUUAGAACCACAACACUGAAAACUCUACAAACUGUUCCUGACACUCUAAAAAAAAGAGAUUUUUCUACAAGAACACUUUAAUUAAAUCACAAAAAUAAACAUUUCAAAUGUCACAUAUUUAGUUUUUUAUGUUUUAUUGACUUUAUUUAGAAUAUUUUUGUGUUUAUGAACGUAAAAUAAAUUUGUAUCCAGUUUUAGAGUC